AUGGAUUUGGUCACCUUGCAAGCCUUGCAGAAUGAACUCAUCUGCUCCAUUUGUAUGAACUACUACAUAGACCCUGUCACCAUUGACUGUGGGCAUAGCUUUUGCAGUCCCUGCUUGCACCUCUGCUGGGAGGAAGCCCAUACCCUAAUGUCCUGCCCUGAGUGCAGGGGAAUUUCAGAGAAAUCAGACUUCAAAACCAAUAUUGCGCUCAAGAAACUGGCAUCCCUUGCCAGACGGGCCAGAGUUUACCAUGCCAACAGCUCCAAUGACCAGAUCUGUGUGGUACACAAGAAAGCAAAGGAGUUCUUCUGUGAGGCUGACAAGAGCCUGCUGUGUGGGCUCUGCUCUGAAACACCGGAGCAUGUGGCUCAUGGCCACAGUCCAGUCCAGUGGGCUGCUGAGGAAUACAGGGUGGAGAAACUUCUGAAGAGAAUGGGCUCUUUAUGGAACAUGACUCAAGAAAUGCAAAAUGAUCUGAAUCAAGAAGCUAACAAAAUCCAGUCAUUUGAGGACUAUGUGCUUUUAAGGAAAGUGAUGAUCAAAAUGCAGUAUCAGAAGAUGCAUCUGUUUCUCCGCGAGGAGGAGCAACUCCAUCUGGAGACACUGGAGAAAGAGGCGGAGGAGAUUUUGCAACAACUCCAGGAAAGUGCAUUCAGAAUGACCCAACAGAAAGCAAGCCUGAAAGAAAUGUACAAAGAGCUGACUGAGAUGUGCCACAAGCCUGACCUGGAGCUGCUCCAGGACUUGGGAAAUGUAUUGCAAAGGACUGAAUUGGUGCAGGUGCAAAAGCCUCAGCCCAUGAUUCCAGAGCUCACCUCGCACGGCAUCACAGGAAUCUUAGACAUACUGAACAACUUCAGAGUGGGUGAUGUGCUGAGUCAGGAAGCCACCGGUCGCUACAUGUGCGUUUCUGAGGAUGCUGGAAGUGUGAUGCUUGGAGUCACCCAUCCUGGUGUGUCCAGAGAGCCUGAGAGCCUGGCGAGCUUUGCAGCCUGGGGACCUCAGGUCUUCACCUCUGGUAAACAUUACUGGGAGGUGGAUGUCACAUGCUCCCCAAAUUGGAUUCUGGGAGUCUGUAAAGAUUCCUUGAUGAGUGAUAUUGAUAUCAUUAGUGAUCCUGAGGCAGCAUUUCUUCUGUUUUCUUUGAAGAUAAACAAUCGUUAUAGCCUCUCCACCAACUCCCCGCCCUUAAUUCAGUAUGUGGAAAGGCCUCUGGGUCAGAUUGGAGUAUUUCUGGAUUACGACAAUGGAACUGUGAGCUUCUAUGAUGUUUGCAAAAGUUCCCUCAUAUACAGUUUCCUUCCUUCCUCCUUCUCUUUCCCUCUGAAGCCUUUCCUUUGCUUUGGUUCCCUCUGA